CACCAUCGACCUCCCUUCUUCCGGCGGCGACGAACGUGCACUACAAAAGGAGGAGAUCGCCACCGUUGUGGCCACCUUGACCCAACCCAUUUCACCUCCGGCGAAUCUACGCCCCACCAACCAAAUCCUCCUCUGCAGAGUAAACUUUACAGAAGCAGAGACACGCACGCACAACAAACACGCAGCAGCAGCAGCUCGUGUGAGCGUGGGUGGCACAGCCGAGCUGACGGUGAUCACCACCAUGGCACCAUGCUCGUCGUCGUCGUCGUCGUAGUGUGCUGCAACUAGCAGCGACAGCGAAGGCGAGCGUGCAGUGCUGCCACUGUGGACAGCUUUCCGGUGGGGCAAGAGGCCAAUACAUCGAGUUAGAGGGCGAGGAGGCAGGAAUCAUUCGGCUGCAAAGUUGCCGGCGCCACCUCGUCGGCACUGUCCCCGCUUUCCUGGGCCGCGUGGGGGCCGCGCCUCCGUCCCCGCUGGUCCUCGCCGCGUGUGGUUGGGUCUGGGUGUGCUGCCGCUGUCGCUCCUGUGCGCCACCACCACCACCACCGCAUCGGCACCAGCACCAGCACCAGCACCAGCUGCGGCUGCUCCCAUCUUUUCUUCUCGAGGGAUGCUUCCUCUCCUCCUUAUAUCCACGCUCCCGGCCUUCACGCUGCUCCUCGUGGCGCCCGCCUCCUACAAGCCCUGGAAGCUGGUGCGGGAGCUCGGCCUCGUCGCGCUGCUGCUGGCGCGGGAGCUGCUCCGGCACUCCGCCUCCGCCGCCGCAGGCGCGGGCAGGAAGGAGCAGCAGGGCGCAAGAAUGCCGCCGUCGAAGGCCAAGACGCCGGCGCCCGCAUUGGCGGAGGACGACGCGGACGCGCUCCCGGUGCUCGACCUGCCGGAGCUGGCGCUGGAGCGCGUGCUGGAGGAGCUGUCCCCGGCGUCGCUCGCCGCGAUGGCGUGCGUCUGCGCGGGGCUCCGGGACCGCUGCUCCAUGGACGGCCUGUGGGCGCGCCACGUCCGGCGCAAGUGGGGCCGCGUGCUCGGCGCCGCCGCGCGCAGGGAGUGGGAGGCGGAGCUGGCCACCAGAGCGGCCGCCGCCACCCUCCCGCGCCCGGCCAGGCGGCGCGGCUGGGCGGACUCGCUGGCGUGCGCGUGGCCGCUCUCAUGGAUCGGCCGCCGCUGGCUCAAGGAAGACGCCGCCGCCGCCGCCCGUUCCGCACCCGCGCCGCCGGCGGACACGGUGGCCGCGUGGUACCGCGCGCUCGAGUGCGGUGACUUCUGGUUCCCCGCCCAGGUGUACAACCGCGAGCAGGACGGGCACGUCGGGUUCCUGCUCUCGUGCUACGACGCUCACCUCCGCUACGACCGGCGAACCGACACCUUCACCGCCAGGUACCCGCCCCACGGCCGGAAGCCGGCCAAGGAGGAGGAGGGCGUGCAGUGGUGCAGGGUCCGCGCGGCGCCGCUGAGCACGCCGGCGCAGGACCUCCACGCUUCCGGCUGCCUGGAGGACCUCCGCCCCGGCGACCACUUCGAGAUCCAGUGGCGGAAGAACAAGGAUUUCCCCUACGGCUGGUGGUACGGCGUCGUGGGUCACCUGGAGCCGUGCAACGCCAACGAGCAUCUCUGCCGCUGCCAUGAAGACGAUACGAUCAUGCUGGAGUUCAAGCACUACGCGGCUGGGUCGAGGUGGAGGCAGACGACGGUGAGCAGGAAAGACCACCGGGAGAAGGGGGACGAGACCGACGGCUUCUACGGCGGCAUCAGGAAGCUGCAGACCAAAGACGAGAUCUCCACGUGGCGGCGAUUCUGGCCGGUGGACGUGCUCAGCUGAACAUGGACAUAUGGCCGCUCAGUUGUGCAGCUGUUUAUUUACCAGUGGUCGCGGAGCUGCGGCGUUCCUCUGAAGAAUGCACCCACCUGGUGGUGGUGCUGCUGCUGCCGCCGCCCUUCUGAAUGUUUUUGGUACUACUGGAAAAUUCAGAUGGGUACGCGGGAUUUCAGAUUUCUAGCAGCAGAGAGAGGCAACGAUAGGCUUUUAUGUGAAUGAUGAUGUACAGCUUUACCAAGCCUUCAGUUUGCACCGUGCUGCUGCCGGAUCCUAGAUUUGUAGAUUUCUGGAAUGUUACCUGGUAUAAAUCGAUGCCCAGUUGUAUUUUUCCCAGUCAUUGUAGCCAGGUAGAGUAGUAUAUCCAGUUGCGCGGCUGCCCCGGACGCGGAAAGCAACCUUGUCCUCACUGUUACUCCAUUGUUGUGCGGAUUUGACAAUCAAGUGCCUAAUAUCUGGCCAAUGAGUACAAGUGUAUCCUCUAUCCGAGAGAGGAACAGUAAACAUUUGGACAUGAGUA